CGGCAACGCUGUCGGAAGUCAGUUUAUUCAUAAUAAGCUGGUCGUAUAGUGAGUUAGUAAAAACAAUCGAUAAUAAACAAUUUGAACAUUAUGGUUUCAUAAUAAAACAUAAUAUUCAGAUGAAAUACUCCGCCCACUACGUUGGAAAUUCGAAAACAAUGUUUUACAAAGAAAAUAAAACUUGGCCUUGCGAAUGAAUCAAACCUUUGUCUCUUCUUUAUGCACAUAUACAAAUCAGUCGUAAUUAUCAUAUGGGGCAUAACAGCUAUUCAGACAAAAGACUUUCGAAUAUCACCAACCCCCGUUGACGCAUUUGUUUUCUUAAUUGUAGUAAUUAGUGAGAGUGCAAUGACGUUAAAUUGAUCUCAGCCCAAUUAUAAUUUUUCGCCUAAGUAGUCGCUUACAAACUUAAUACGGAGUAAUUGAAAGUAAAACGGUAAAUUAAGAAACAUAAAGAUGCCCUCUCUACGGCAAAAGGUCACAACAUAUUUCCGUCAAUUAAGUUUUAUUGCUGAACCUCGCGAUAGCCCUAGAGGAGUUCAUAAAACUUCAGAUGACGGAAAUUUUAUAGUUAAAUAUUUAGAAGGACGCAUGGAACGUCAGUUUAUCCCUGGACCGCAAAUUUCAAAUGGGCAAAAUCCAAGUGACCUGCCAGAUCUUAAAAUUGGUGUCUAUGCGACUGGUCCCACCAAUAUAACUGCCGCCAGUACAGGUCCUGAUGAAGGCCUUACUGGCAUUAAGCGCUCAAAAUUGCAUUUAAGUGCAAGUUACGCAGACGAUAUUGAUUUCAUUGAUACUACUCAGGAAAAUGACUGCUUCGAGAUUCGAAAAAGUAUUGCCACUAAUAACCGAAAUCAAAACAAAUUCAAUCGUUAUGGUGGUGCACCACGUAAAUUAAGUAAUAGUGCCGUCACAUCAAACAACGAUCAGAAUGCAAAUAAGCCAUCAGGUAUGCGUUCACGCAAAAAUUCCAGGACUAGUAUUACAAAUUCCAAUAAAAUUCCAAACCAUUCAGAAAACAUACAUAGCGAUUUAAACACAUCAAAGGUAUCUGAUACAUCACCAAAACCACCAUUAACAAAAGCCGAUGACAAGAAAAUCACGGAAAACGCAAACAAGUCCACAACGAUUGUUGUGAGCUUAGUGAGCACAAAAUUUACCACCAAUGAAGCAGCAAAUGAUCAAAACAACAAAAAUAUAUUAAAUUCGUCUCCGAAGGAGAAUAAAACAAAAACAAAUACAUUAUCAGCAUCUGUUGAUAUUAAGGAUUCCAAAGAAAAUGAUACCAAGGACACUUCCACAGAAGUUGAUAGUUCCACAAAGGUUAUAUUAGAUAAUACGACAGAACGAUUACUUCGUGAAGCGGUUUCAAAUCAAAGUGACGUAACCAGUUACAAGGAAAUCAAUAACUUUAUGGCAGAUGCUAUUGCUGGUGUAACUGAUUGGCGCAUGGAAACUGAUUAUGCGUAUGGAAUUUCCGUAUCACUCUAUGAAAACAACAUGUUAACAAAGGAGCCUAUGGGCAGUCCUAUAGCUGAUUGCUAUGGUAUAGUUGUACGUGGAGAUGCAGCGGCUAUGGCGCUUGCUGACGGAGUUAAUUGGGGUGAUGGUGCGCGCUUAGCUGCACGUUCGGCUGUGCAUGGUUGCCUUGACUAUUUGGAUCGUGCUAUUUUCGGACUCGCACGAGAGUGUAUGGCAGCGUCGACAACAGAGGUAUUUGUAAGUCUCCUACGAAGUUUGUGGGAAGGUCACGGCUGCAUACUCGAAGUGGGUGGUUCUCUAAGUACAUUGACAAUAGCCGUGAUACUACCGCUAGCUGAUGAAGGUAAAUACGUUGUAUGCGCAUGCAAUGUGGGUGAUUCAUUGGGAUAUGUAUAUUCGAAAAAAUAUGGCGUCCGUGAGUUUACACAAGCAUCACAUGAUAUAACAUCAAUGCGCGACAUGCGCGAUGCAUUGGGCGCACUAGGUCCUGCCGAUGGUAAUAAACCGGAACUUGGUAACUUAACUUUAUCAAUGACGAUCAUUGAAAAGGGUGAUAUUGUAUUUUUAACGUCAGAUGGAAUUAGCGACAAUUUCGACCCGGUUGUAGGGAAAUUUGCUGAAGCGUGGACACCAGACGUAAAACUUAUGCCAAGUAGUAAAUCACAAGGGCAACAUCAUUUAGCACCAAAAAGACAAAAUAAAAGUGCUUCAUCUAUUUAUGCACGUUUACAUCAUGUACAUCACAACCCAUCUAGGAGCGAAACUGAAUCACUGCCAACAUCUCCAACUAAUGUACCAACGCGGCCACCGCGCACCAAAAAAUCACCCUCACCGGAAGUAGUUAAUGUAAGUACUGCAGCUAGUGCACCAAGUCGACCAAAAUAUAUGCGUUCGCAUACUGUGAUAGAACCAAGACGUCUUUCCACGACUGGACCCUCUGCUGGAAGGCAACAGCAUAUUGCUCCCAACAUUUUACCAAAGAUACCAAAAUCUAUUUCGGGUCUACCCUUAGUGACUGGACCGCAAAGACAUGCUCUCACACUCUACCGUCUAGAAGAUCUGCUGAGUUUUGGCAUAAAUGGAACAUUUUCGCCUUGUACAUCAGCUCGUCGACUGUGCCAUUUAUUAAUUGAUUUUGCUCGUAUGAUCACAUCAGCCCGUAGGAAAACACUGGAACAACGUGAACUAUUUUACAAAUUAUCAACGGGUCCUGAUGGCAUUAAACGUGAAGUUGAACUCAAUCGCAUGCAGCAUCGCGCGGCACGAAAACGUGUCGUAGACAGUAGUGCUUUCGCUGCUCUGCCGGGAAAGUUGGAUCAUGCUACCGUAGUGGCUUAUACAGUAGGAAUUGGACGUAAUAGUAGUACUAAUGAUGAUGGCAGUAGCAAAAGUGAGGAAGUGAACGCUUCUACUUCAACUGCUGCAGCCUUAUUGCAAUCGAAAAAUUUUAAUGAAACUAACUUUUAAAAUUCUUUAAGAAUCUCACAAUUCAACAUCACGAAAUAUAUACCAUAUAUGUAUAGUGCUUGUAGUCUGGUAUUAGAAAUGCGCAGAUGUAAUAUUUUGGCAACUGAAGGAAUUAAGCACAAUUGAGAAUGAUAAGUAUUAUGUGACCUGCAGAUUUUUAAACAUAUGGCGGAUUUUAUACCAAUGCUUUAUUUAUUAAACAUAAUAUACAUACAUACAAUACUUCAUGUGGCUUGAUGCAAUUACCCGAGCUUCAAAUGCGGCCAAUUAAUCUUAACACUAAGCUAAAAUUAUAAAUUUUACUCGAAUAAUUAAUCUACAAUGUAGUACGUCUAUUCAAGUGUCAUAUAACUCGAAUAAUUUACAAUACAAUUCAGUAAAGAUGCAGUCAUUGCAAAUAUGUGAAGUUAUAUCAGGAGCAU